AUGGAUGAGAUCUCAGAGAUGAGACUCACCAAUGGGAACAUCAAGGCCUUUAUCCUGGAUCCUUCUGGAAGUGCUUUCUUCUUUUCUCACUGCUCCUUGAAUGCUGCCUGCGUGCUCUGUUUUGAGGAGUACAACCUACGAGCAAGAAAGGAGCUACUGGCUUCAUCAUCCAUUAGUUUCUCCCACUCCUCAAAGAAGCCGGAGGACGGUGAAUGAGCAGAAAAGUAAGUUGGUAUUGUGCUUUCCAUUCGACUAUAGACAAUGCCAGUGAGAUUGUAAUGACACUGUACUCAUGGACUACUUGUGGUGUAGACUACUCUGCAUUCCUCUGUUUUGAAUGUGCAAUCCCACGUUGAUGGAAGUUUUUUUGCUUUCUUUGUCUCCUAUUGAGUCUGGAUUCUACUGAAAGUACCAGCUCAAGGCUG